ACCGUAUUAAUUGAUAAAAUGAACCGAGACUUCAUUUAUAAACUUCUAAAAUCACAUUUAAUUCAACUGUUUAAACUUAUCACUGAUACAUAGAAAAGAUUUGUUUGCCAACAUAGGAGAGACUCUCCCAAUAUAACCCCAAUGGUCGUCCUCUCACAGGUCUUUGUUGCCUUUGUAGCAGGUGAUUAGCCGGUUCAGUCAUUCACAGCCUCGUGUGCCUUCAAGAGUUAAUACACCGUAUGUGGUCCAAAAGUAACACAAUAUAAAUUAGACUUUUUAUUUAUUUAUGUCAGGUUGUCAUUUUGAUAAGAGCAUAGCCCACAUAUAAAUAAAAUAUUUUUAUAGAAAGAUAGUUUAUUAAUAAGCAUAAAUUAAUUUCAUUAGAGAGUUAGCUAGAACAUAAAACAUGACGUCAGUGGGGUCCACGGUGAGCUUCAGCCCUGUCAUCAAUGCACUGGAGUUUUACUUUCUGAGGAUGAUCCUGUUUAGUAUUACAGUCGUGACUCAGUGACUGUGACUGCAUGACAUUGCCCCAAAUUGCAUUCAGAUGUAUGAGCGACUAGAUGCCCUGCUGAGAUGUUGGACUCUGAUGACUGCGUGUUGUCCCUGGAUAAUCUAUUUUUUGAGAAACCCACUGUCCACAAAGUAAAGCCACUGCACCAGGAGGUCAGUCCAUGGCAUCUUGAAGCGUCUCCAUCCCUCUCUCAGAUUCCAGCUACACAGGAUAUGCAGAAGGAGGCAGAGACUCUUUCAACUCUUUACAGUUUUUCACAGAGACCCAAGAAAUUCCUGCCUCCCUUAAAAGGAUCAGCUGGCCUUAAGUUUUUACCAUCAAAAAUAAGCAGUCCCUACAGUUACACGGACGAUGAGAUGGACAAGGAAAGUAGGGGUGGCAGCCGCCCCGGCAGAUGUGGUGGUCUUUGGAAAGGUGAAGAGUUCAGGGAUUACUCUCAGGGUGCCUGUCAGAGUGGCAGAGGUGGAGAUGAAACGCCACAGGACUCUGCUCAAGCAGCCAUCAGCCGGAGAUGUUUGUCUCUGGAUCCACCUCUGCGGAGAAGCUUGUUCAAGGUUCAGGUGUUUAACAAUGGAGGUGACUCGUCCAACACAGAUGACCUCAGCAGCGGCGGCAGUGGCGGCGGCAGCCAGACAGCAUUGAGACCUCAAACUUUUCCCAGUCAGGUUACCAUGGCGACUGCACCUCCUCCUCCUCUUCCUCCUCCUGCUCUUCAGCCGCCACGGGCGACAGUUGGCCAAGCAGCUCCUCCUUUCUUCCCCGGGCCCCCCUUCUCACCCCCUCCGCUGGGCUCAUCUGCAGCAAGCGGCCGACCCCCGCUGCAGGCAGCACAUGCUGCGAUGCAGGACAAGGGCACAAAGAGAGCCUUCGUUCCGCCCAUGACGCCUCAGCCGCUUCGCAUACAAGGGUCCUGUGAGUCUGGAGUUCUGCGGCCAGUUUCUGAAAUCCCCACUAAAUUCAGAUCCGUCUUCAACGACUUCCCCUUUUUCAACUACGUUCAGUCCCAAGCACUGGAUGAUGUUCUUUACACAGGAAAGAACUUUGUGGUAUGUGCUCCCACUGGAUCUGGAAAAACUGUGCUGUUUGAGCUGGCCAUCAUUCGUCUGUUUAUGGAGACAUCUGAGCCUUGGAGAGAUGUCAAAGCUGUCUAUAGUGAGCUUAUCAUUUUGUAUCAAUAUAGCUCUAUUAUGAGUUCAAGUUUCCAGGGGCAAGUUGUCAUAUUAUCAAAAUAUACAGCAUUAAAUAUCAAAGCUUGUUCUUUACCCGUCACAGUGGAACUAUCCUGUAGAAGUGUUUACUGUUUGUUGCCAGUGGCGCCGAUCAAAGCGCUGUGCAGUCAGUGCUUUGAGAGCUGGAAGAAGAAGUUUGGUCCUCUGGGGCUGACGUGUAAAGAGCUGACGGGUGACACGGAGAUCGAUGACUUCUUUGAGAUUCAGGACUCCCACAUCAUCCUGACCACUCCUGAAAAAUGGGACAGCAUGACAAGAAAAUGGAAGGACAACUGUCUGCUACAGCUAGUCAGGCUGUUUCUUAUUGAUGAGGUGCAUGUAGUGAAGGAUGCAACCCGGGGUGCCACUCUGGAGGUGGUGGUGAGCAGGAUGAAGGCUGUUAAUGCCUACAGGACGGCACAGAAUCCAGAAGAAGACCUAUCUAUGAGGUUUGUGGCUGCAUCAGCCACCAUACCCAACAUCACGGAUAUUGCAGACUGGCUUUCUAAUGAGAGUGGCCCUGCCACUUAUCUGGACAUGGAUGAGAGCCAUCGUCCUGUGAAGCUGAGGAAGGUGGUGCUUGGAUUCCCCUGCCACCCAAACCAAACAGAGUUCAAGUUUGACCUGUCUCUUAACUACAAGAUUGCCAACAUCAUUCAAACAUACUCAGACCAGAAGCCUGUGCUUGUGUUUUGCUCUACGAGGAAAGGAGUCCAGCAGUCGGCUACAGUUCUGGCCAAGGAUGCUCGCUUCAUUAUGAGCAUUGAGCACAAGCAAAGAUUGAGGAAAUUUGCUAACUCUAUUCUGGAUUCAAAACUCAGAGAUCUGGUGAUGUUCGGUGUGGGUUUCCACCAUGCAGGAGUUGACUUGUCUGACAGGAAGUUGAUAGAACAUGCUUUUACCUUGGGAGACCUGCCUGUCCUCUUUACCACCAGGACUCUGGCCAUGGGGGUGAACCUACCAGCUCAUCUGGUGGUAAUUAAGUCCACUGUGCAGUAUGUGUCUGGCGCCUGCGAGGAGUACAGUGAGUCUGACCUGCUGCAGAUGAUAGGACGAGCUGGAAGACCACAAUUUGACACGUCAGCGACUGCAGUGAUCAUGACCAAGAUAGAAACCAAAUACAAAUACAUGAAACUUAUGAGCGGGAUGGAAAUCAUUGAGAGCAGCUUACACAGUCACCUGGUGGAGCACCUGAAUGCUGAGAUUGUUCUCCAAACCAUCAGUGAUGUCAACAUGGCUCUGGACUGGAUACGCUCCACCCUCCUCUACAUCAGAGCGCUCAAAAACCCCACACACUAUGGUUUCUCAGCUGACUUAGACAGAUAUGGAAUCGAAGCAAAACUACAAGAGCUGUGCCUGAAGAAUCUCAACUCUCUGUCCUCCCUUGGUCUGAUUGACAUGGACGAAGACAUCAACAUCAAACCAACAGAGACCGGCAGGUUGAUGGCGAGGUACUGCGUUGCCUUUGACACCAUGAAACAGUUCAGCAAAGUGACUGGCACUGAGAACCUGUCUGACCUGAUUGAGUUGGUCUCAAAGAGCAAAGAGUUCAGCGACAUUCAGCUAAGAGUGAAUGAGAGGAGGCCUUUGAACACUUUGAACAGGGACAAGAACAGGAUCACCAUCAGGUUCCCUAUGGAGGGAAAGAUCAAGUCUAGUGAGAUGAAAGUGAACUGCUUGAUUCAGGCUCAGAUGGGCUCCAUCUCAAUACCAGAGUUUGGGCUUACACAGGACACAGCAAAGAUCUUCAGGAAUGGGAUGCGCAUCAGCAAAUGCCUGUCAGAGUUUCUGAGUCAGAUGCCCAAGACUGAUUUGUCUGCUCUGCUCAACUCCCUGAUCCUGGCUAAAUGCUUCAGAGCCAAGCUUUGGGAAAACUCGCCUUAUGUUUCCAGACAGCUCGAGAAGAUAGGCUCAACCUUAUCAACUGCCAUGGUGAAUGCUGGACUCACCACUUUCAGCAAAAUAGAGCAGACUAAUCCAAGAGAGCUGGAGCUGAUUCUCAACCGACAUCCCCCAUUUGGCAAUCAGAUCAGAGAGUCCGUCAUACAUCUCCCCAAGUAUGAAGUUACGCUGGAGCAGCUUCCAAGGUACAGCUGUAACACGGCUGAGAUUGUGGCAAAGGUGAAGCUAAAAAACCAGGCACAGCUGCUGUCCAGGAGAACAGCUCCCGACCACCACUACGUCUCUCUGGUCAUCGGAGACUCUGAUAAUAAAGUGGUCUUCCUACAGAAACUCACGGACUCGGUGCUGCUGAAGUGUGGCAGCUGGUCGAAGAAGAUCGAUUUGGCAAAGGCCUCAAAAGGAGAGGAGAUCAGCGUCAAUCUCAUCAGCUCAGUAUACACGGGCCUGGACAUUCAGCAGAAGUUCAACGUGUACUACUCCAAAGCCAGGAGGCUUGAAACGGAAAAUCCAUACUUUGUAUCGUAUGAUCCUUCUGGACAGAGACAGCAACUGAAACCAGAGCCUUCAGUUCAUGCUGAAGCUCAGAGGGAAAAUGCAACAUCUGCCACAAACACAGGUGUAGGCAGCAAAAGACAGUGCAACCACUUCUGUAAGAACAAAGAUCUCUGUGCUCACGACUGCUGUAAAGUGGGUGUAACUGUAGCACGGAAGAGGUCAACAAAUCCAGAAUCCAGUUUUUCCUCCUAUCUGAGCGACCUGAGGAUCAAGACUGAAACACUCGCCCAGACUCCCGUCAAACGGCUCAAGAUGAGAAUGGCUGAGGAGUCUGUGUCUGUCAACAUGCACAAGUUUUCAUACAAACCCAAAGAGAGGCUACCGACUGUUUCCAGGUUUGGAGGGAGUCUGUCUGAGGAUUUAUGGACACCUCAUGCUGACAUCGUGGAUCUGACAAGAGAGGACUUCACCCAGCUGCCAGACACGUUUUUUUUGGACGGUGCUGACAUUGGUUCCUCUGUGUGGAUGAACUCUGAACCUCAGGACCAGAAACAUCCUCUGAACCAGAUCAAAUCAACACACCCUGCUUCCCCAAAGAGGUCUUCUGUCGUGUCAAACCAGGGUGCCCUGAAUGAAUGGGGCGACUGGGGUGACUUCGAUGAGGAGAAUCUGGUGAAUGCCAGCGAGACAUCUUUGGUCUCACGUGCUGCUAAAGCUGAACCUCAAAUUCAGAAAUCUGUGAACCACAACACAUCAGGUUUUACUGCUGCAGCUACACCUGUGCUACUCCGUCAACAGUAUGUAACCACAUCAGCCAGAACACCACUGAGGUCAGUUUCACCAACUUUCACUUUAAGUCCUGAAUGCAGAAGACCAGGACCCUCACCGUCAGUAGCAAUGAGACCACAGAGCAGAAUCACACUGGACUGGAAGAAAAAGAGCUACGGGGCAUGUGUAAUGUCUGCCCCUACUCCUACUGGUCCGAGACAGAGCAUAUUCAGUAAAGAGAUCAUCCAAAAACCACCAGAAAAUCUCCCCAAACCGAGCCAGACCCAUGUGGCCCCGCUCACAAGAAGGUUUGACUUCUUCUCAUCUGUGAUCACCCCAGCCAACACCAACUCAAGCAAUGAAGAGGAAGCAUUCAUUGGAAUAUUUGAUGGCAUAUUUUGAAGGGUUUGCUGACUCACAAAAUGUUCUUUGUGUUCAUUAUUUUGUUGUUAAAAUAUAAGCUUUACAUCUGAAGUUCAAUAACAUGUUAGAAACAUGUUAUUCCAUAUACAUAAUGAAAAUGAAAAAAUGUUAACAAUGAGUUCUGCAGUUUUACAAAUGUUAUUUAUAUAUGUAUUUAUCUAUUCAUUUAUUCAACAAAGUAUGUAUUUACUGGAUGAUUCAGUGUUGUCUUUUGUAGUAAAUCAGCAAUAUGUUAACCACAUUGAUUUUGACUUUUGUUGAAUAUUCCUUUGUUUAAGAAAUUAACUAAAACUCAAUAAACUUUUUGGAAUCUAA